CGAAGACACGUUCUCCAAACAAUAAAAGUUCUUCUGAACUGUUCAAAAAAAAGUUCUUCUGAACUGUUCUUGCACCCUGGCUGCUCUAUUAUAUAAGUACAUGCGCAAGAGAGCACAAAGCCACACUAAAUAAAAAAUUAACAACAUAACACACCUCUGGAAAUCAGACAUGGAUUUGCGUACAGCUUUCUCUUGUGCACUGCUACUGGCGGUGACACUGUUGCCUCCUUCAGCCAACGCAUCGAGCAAACUCUACAUCGUGUAUCUGGGGGAGAAGAAACACGAUGAUCCAACCGUGGUUACUGCCUCGCACCAUGACGUGCUGACCUCCGUUCUUGGGAGCAAGGACGAAGCCUUGAAGUCCAUAGUGUACAGUUACAAGCAUGGAUUCUCUGGGUUCGCGGCGAUGCUGACCGAAUCACAAGCCGAGAUCAUUGCAAAAUUCCCUGAAGUUCUAAGCGUGAAGCCGAACACCUAUCACAAAGCCCACACAACUCAGAGCUGGGACUUCCUUGGCAUGGACUACUACAAGCCGCCACAACAAUCGGGCCUCCUCCAGAAAGCAAAAUACGGUGAAGAUGUCAUCAUCGGUGUCAUCGAUUCAGGCAUAUGGCCUGAAUCACAGAGCUUUGACGACAUUGGGUACGGCCCUGUGCCUGCACGGUGGAAAGGAACAUGCCAGACCGGUCAGGCUUUCAACGCCACGAGCUGCAACCGAAAGAUCAUCGGCGCACGAUGGUACUCCAAAGGCCUUCCUGCCGAGCUCCUCAAGGGCGAGUACAUGUCACCGAGGGACUUGGGCGGCCACGGCACGCACGUAGCCUCGACUAUCGCCGGUAACCAGGUGCGGAAUGCGAGCUACAACAACCUGGGCUCAGGCGUGGCGCGCGGUGGGGCGCCACGCGCUAGGCUGGCUAUCUACAAGGUGUUGUGGGGCGGUGGGGCAAGAGGCGCUGUCGCGGACACCCUCGCGGCCGUCGACCAAGCCAUACACGACGGGGUGGAUGUCCUGUCCCUGUCGCUGGGAGCUGCUGGCUUCGAGUACUACGGGACGCUGCAUGCCGUGCAGAGAGGCAUCUCCGUCGUGUUCGCCGGCGGGAACGAUGGCCCCGUCCCGCAGACGGUGUUCAACGCCCUGCCGUGGGUCACCACGGUUGCUGCAAGCACGAUUGAUCGGUCUUUCCCGACAUUGAUGACACUCGGGAACAAAGAAAAGCUGGUGGGGCAAUCACUUUACUCGGUAAACAGUAGCGACUUCCAGGAACUUGUUGUCAUUAGUGCUUUAAGUGACACGACGACCAAUGUCACUGGCAAAAUCGUCCUCUUCUAUGCACCAUCAGACAAUGAUGUCAAGUUCAUGAUGCCUCGGCUAACAUUUAGCGAAGUAUUAAACCACACGGCGGCGAGCCGCGCAAAGGGCCUCAUCUUUGCACAGUAUACCGAGAACUUGCUCGACAGCCUGGCCGUAUGUGAUCGCAUUCUGGCUUGUGUACUCGUGGAUUUCGAAAUCGCACGUAGAAUCGUCUCUUAUUCGACCAGCACAAGAAACCCCAUGAUCAAAGUGUCGCCGGCCAUAACCAUUGUCGGAGAACGGGUGCUAUCUCCGAGGGUUGCCGCGUUCUCGUCCAGAGGCCCAAGUGCCACAUUCCCUGCCAUACUGAAGCCUGAUGUAGCUGCACCUGGAGUUAGCAUAUUGGCAGCCAAGGGCAACUCCUACGUCUUUAUGUCUGGUACGUCCAUGGCAUGUCCUCAUGUCUCUGCGGUUACAGCGUUGCUCAAGUCUGUUCACCCCAGUUGGUCGCCUGCCAUGAUCAAAUCUGCCAUAGUCACCACAGCAUCUGUGAUUGACCAUUUCGGCGCACCCAUUGAAGCAGAUGGAAUCCCUCGGAAAUUGGCUGACCCCUUUGACUUUGGUGGUGGCCACAUGAACCCAGACAGAGCCAUGGACCCCGGACUGGUUUAUGAUAUAGAUGGAAGAGAGUACAAAAAGUUCUUGAACUGCACAAUCAGACAAUUUGAUGAUUGUGGGACAUAUAUGGGAGAACUGUACCAGCUCAACCUGCCAUCCAUCGCUGUGCCAGACCUCAAGGAGUCGAUCACAGUCCGACGUACUGUCACAAAUGUCGGGCCAGUGGAAGCAACUUACCAGGCAGUGGUUGAAGCGCCAACAGGAGUCGAUGUGUCCGUGGAGCCAUCGGUGAUCACAUUCACUAGAGAUACAAGCAGAAGCGUCGUGUUUACGGUGAGAUUUACAGCAAAGCGGAGAGUUCAAGGCGGAUACACAUUUGGAAGCUUGACAUGGUCAGACGGCAAUACUCACUCAGUGAGAAUCCCCAUCGCAACGCGUAUCGUGAUCCAAGAUAUGAUGGCGGUGUCCGACGUAUCUUAAAUUUAUAGGCAGUUGAUUGAAUGGAUAUUAUGGGCAGUUAGGGCAUGUACAGUGGUUCAUAAAGCUGGCUUCCCUUAUAUGUUCCACGUCAUUUAGAAAAAACAACAAAACAUGUAGUAGGAUAGAUCAUCUCUUAGUGUCAUAUCUUACCAUUUGUGCUUAGAUGAAUAAAAUUAAUUAAAUAAAAGUUAAGAAAAGGUGAAUCUAGUAUAAUGGAAAAUGUGUCUUUUUUUUUACUUUCCUUCUUGUGAAGAGAUCAUCUCUUAUUUAAAAGAAGUCUUGUGUAUUUUCUUCGUUCCUCUCUCUUCCACAUAAACUAUUGUCCGGCAUGUCAUCGUUAAGAAAAAACUGACGUCACCCCAUUGUACAUGCCCUUAGUGCAAAUAGUACUGCAUUAAUAUUAUUGUAAUAAAGAAUGUCGGGUACCUGGUUGGUGCACUUGUAUUAGUUGUAUUUUUACCACAAAUGAUUUGGGACGAGGGAAUAUUGUUACUCUUAUUAUGAAAAAUAAACAAUUUGUAUCA